AGAAUGCUGGUAACAAACUGAGAUGGACGAUUCUGGGAAUUGAGUAUGAUUGGAAUACGAAAGAAUAUCCAGCAGAUGGUCGGAUAUUACCCAGCGAGUUGAAAGACAUGGGAGAAGUCAUCUCACUAGCCAUGGGGAUGAAGAAAAUGACUCCUGAUGCUACUAUAAUCAACUACUAUCCUCCAAAAACAGCUCUAUCUCCUCACGUUGACAAAUCGGAAAGAUCGAAAGCUCCGUUAAUUUCAUUAUCGUUCGGACAGUCUGCUGUAUACCUCUCAGGUGGCUUGGAUCUUGACGAUGAUGUUAUACCUAUUUGGUUGCGUUCUGGGGAUAUCUUGAUUAUGUAUGGCGAGCAGCGCCUGGUAUAUCACGCAAUCCCUUGCAUUGUCAAACAGAAAAACUAUGAAGUGAAAGAUGAUAAGUUAUUGGAAGAGUAUAUAAACAGCAGUAGGAUCAAUAUGACAAUUAGACAAGUAAAUCCCUAA